AUGGUAAGUGCUCUUUGCAUUUCUCUCGACCUGAAGGCUGAAAAGGAGAAGCUGGUCUCUUUGCCUUGGGGGCUUGCAGUAGGUUUUGUGCCCUCUUUAGGAUGGGGAAAGAAGAGGGCUCUCCUCUACCUGGAAGAGCCGUCUCUGCUGCUGUGCCUUCCCAUGGGCCACUUCUGCAGCCCGCAGCUCGGUGCCCAGGACGCGGCGUGGCAGGGAGACCAGCUGUCAUCCCAGCUUUACAGAAACAAGCAGCUUCAAGAUACUUUGCUUCAGAAGGAAGAGGAACUUGCUAGGUUACAUGAAGAAAAUAAUAACCUUCGACAAUACCUGAAUUCUGCCCUGAUUAAAUGUUUAGAAGAAAAAGCCAAGAAAUUGCUAUCCUGCCAUGGCCAAAAAAACAGUGCUGUUCUCAAAAGCACCAAGAGGAGAUUGAAAGAGGACCACUGCUUUGUUCCUCAGGAAACUCCUCAUGCUUCCAAAGCUAGAAGGAACCUCUUUAAUGAAUUCACUGCCUGUGAAGAGCAAGCCAGCCCUGCUGUGGACAGCUGGGUCUUGCAGACUUUAGGAUUAAAAGAUGUCAACACCAUUGAUGAAACUUCAGCUAACUACAGUGCCCUGUCCUCAGACCUUGGAAAAGACAUGUACUGCCUGAGCCCUGGUGAAACAAUAGACUAUGAGCAGAACAAAGGAGCAGCAGCAGCAGCAUAUAGCUGCAGCCAUGUGCCUCCCGCUAACAGCAGUACCCAUCCAUGCAGCGAGGACUCUUCCCUCCUUCCUCAGUUUUCUUCAGCACCAUGUGUCUCCUCAUCAGUACCAAGCGUUUCCUCCCUCCCAGCCUAUGGGUUGCCUUAUUUGACUGGUGAUUUGUCGCCCAACAAAACAGAUGUGGCCUUCACAACAUCUCUAAGUCCUCACCGCAAUGUGAGAACGCACACCUUCCACCAAGGACAAGCCUUUGUGCGCAGGGAUGAUGAUGGAGGCUGGAGAUUCACCUGGGUGCCCAAGCAAGCUGAGUAA